GUAUGCUAUUUUGGGCCGUCAUGCUCACAAAGGGGCAUCGGUGGUCCAUUAACUGGUUAUCGCCCUUACAGAUUACCAGAAGAGUUCCGUAGAGAGAGAAAGAGACGAAGAAGAGAGAGAAAGCAUGACGACGAUUCGUAGAUUCAGCUGCAAUGACUUGCUUCGCUUCGCGUCAGUGAAUUUGGAUCAUCUUACUGAAACUUUCAACAUGUCAUUUUAUAUGACUUACAUGGCAAGAUGGCCGGAUUAUUUCCAUGUUGCAAAAGCUCCCGGCGGCCACAUCAUGGGAUACAAGCAAAUUCUUUUCUAAAGGUGGAUGGAGGAAAUGGGAUUUUCUCGAGGAAUAUUCUUCAGCAGCACUGUUUGAUGCAGGUUAUGGGAAAAGUUGAAGGGCAAGGUGAAUCUUGGCAUGGUCACGUUACUGCAGUAACUGUGGCUCCUGAAUAUCGGAGGCAGCAAUUAGCCAAGAAAUUGAUGUACCUGCUGGAAGAAGUCAGUGAUAAGAUCGAUAAGGCUUACUUUGUGGACUUGUUUGUGAGAGCAUCAAACACACCAGCUAUAAAGAUGUACGAGAAGCUUGAUUACGUAGUAUAUAGGCGAGUUUUACGCUAUUACUCAGGGGAGGAAGAUGGUUUGGAUAUGAGAAAGGCACUAUCGCGAGAUGUAGAAAAGAAGUCUAUCAUCCCUCUUAAACGACCGGUAACUCCAGAUGAAUUGGAGUAUGACUGAGUCGGUAAGAGUUGUUACCCCAUGUAAUCUUAUCUUUCAAGAAGCUAAGUUUAGGGUAUCGACAAGUCUUGUCUAGAAAUGUAUGAGAUGAAGAGUCUGGGUUCUUAUCUAUAGUACUGUUGUGCCAUUAUGUUUAAGAACCAAGUGCUAGAAUUUCUGGCCUUGUGUAUUUGCUUGCAUGCCAUAUGUUCUUUUAAUAUUUUAAAUUGUUAAAUUUUUGUGACUUAUUGAACUUUUUCUG